UCUCGCGAGGCUAGUCGUCCCUUGGCUGCCGGUAGCGGAGGUUCUGGUCCGCCCGGGAUGGAGCCGAGGCGAGUGGGCUGCGGGUCUGUCCCUCUGCUGUGUGAGCAGGGCUGUGCGUCCGCUCACUAAACAGGCGCAGCGAGGGUGCGGAGACCACUUCCAGGGCACUCCAUCUCGCGGGUGGUAGUCGCCGUAGGGGGGCCGAAGCUGAGUGGAAUAACACGCGUGGGCGAGCCUCCGAGCCGGGCUCCCUCUCUCCGUGCUCUCACCGAGGUCCUGCUGGGAACUGAGAAAUGAGCUGCACCAUCGAGAAGGCGCUUGCUGACGCUAAAGCCCUUGUGGAGAGACUUCGAGACCAUGAUGAUGCAGCAGAGUCUCUCAUCGAGCAGACCACAGCCCUCAGCAAGCGAGUGGAGGCCAUGAAGCAGUAUCAGGAAGAAAUCCAAGAACUUAAUGAAGUAGCAAGACAUCGACCACGGUCCACACUAGUUAUGGGAAUCCAGCAAGAAAACAGACAAAUCAGAGAAUUACAACAAGAGAACAAAGAACUGCGAACAUCCUUGGAAGAACACCAGUCUGCCUUGGAACUGAUAAUGAGCAAGUAUCGAGAGCAAAUGUUCAGAUUGCUAAUGGCCAGCAAAAAAGAUGACCCAGGUAUAAUAAUGAAGUUAAAAGAGCAACACUCAAAGAUUGACAUGGUACAUCGUAACAGCUGCGAAGGAUUCUUCCUGGAUGCAUCUCGACACAUCCUUGAAGCACCUCAGCACGGACUGGAGAGGAGGCACUUGGAAGCAAAUCAGAAUGAGUUGCAAGCACAUGUUGACCAGAUCACCGAGAUGGCAGCAGUAAUGAGAAAAGCUAUUGAAAUCGAUGAACAGCAGGGUUGCAAGGAACAGGAGCGAAUAUUUCAACUUGAACAAGAAAACAAAGGCUUGAGAGAGAUCCUUCAGAUAACUCGAGAAUCCUUUUUGAACCUUCGGAAGGAUGAUGCAUCAGAGAGUACAUCUCUGUCCGCCUUAGUGACGAACAGUGAUCUGAGUCUGAGGAAGAGCUGAGUGGCUUUCUGCGUGGUCACUAGAACAGACGGGCCUAGAAGUGAGUGGAUGAGUGAACAUAAGACCCAACUUCAGUCAGCCUUUUCCUCUAGUAUGUGCAGGGACACUGACAAAGAGACAGCAGCAGAAUGUCUAACCAGUGGUCCUGCACUGGAUCCCAGUCACAGUCAGAAAGGAGAAGCUGAGCCAGAGUGAAGUGAGUCUGCAGGGUGCUGCGGAACACGGCAGUUUCAGACGUGCUGUUGGCUUCUUGGAUGAUACAGGAUCACCCUGAAUACUUCUAACAAAUGUGGUUUUCUGAAUGGAAGACUUUGUUCUAAGUCUUCUCCUUCCUGUGCAGUGUCUGAGUUAACGUGGCUUUUGUACAUACAGCUUCUGCGUCAGCGCUCACCUGUCCACCUGCCCAUGUGUUCCGUCCUCAUCAAAGGCUGUUCAUGUUUAAAGGCUAUAGGAAUGCCACUCGCAUCACAAACAGCAGGAUAUACUUACACCUAGUUCUCAUAACUCAGCUAGCAGUUAUUCAUGACUUGCUUGAGUGUAUGCAUCUCAGGAAGGAAAGACAAAGAAUAUACUUUCUAAGAAAGACAGCGAUAUAUAGACACAUUUAGUAGGUUAAACUACUCUGAAAGAUUAUGUUUUGGUUCUCUGUUAACAAUGAACCUGGCUCUUCCUCCUCUUUACAUGAUGUUUAAUGAUACAAGACAGUUCACCAGUAGACAGAGUUGACAUAUUUAACGUAAUGAGAUAUGUAUGGUCAUUUCCAAGUAAAUUUGGAAUUUCUUUAUUGUUAUUUAAGAAAUUACUCUUCAAAUACAAAGUAGAUGCAGGUUCCAAAAGCAAAGUUCUGGGUCUGAGUCUAAGCCCCAUCUAGUUCUUACAACUGUGAGGUUUUCCCAACCGUCACAGUUUUCUGAGACUCAGAAACUGGCAGUGACGUGUGGACCCACAGGCAUCGUACUUAACACUUAGAAAAGAGCUCCUUAAGGCCACAGGCUACAGAAGUGUGCUUUACUACCAACUGCAACCCAAACUGUUCUGUAGUGAUCAGAAUAAAAGAUUGUGAACUAUGGCUAAAAACACACUAUGCUUGUAUGUGAAGUCCAUACUGAAAUCAGCACAGAUAGAAAGUUAGACUUUUCAGUACAUCAUUUGUUAAGUGCAUAUUACUUUGCAGUGUAAUUUUAUGUGUGAUUUCAUGUAUUGGCAAAAUUCAAAGGACUUUUCCGUUGAGAACCCUUCAUUCUGAAGUCUGAGGUGAGUGGGGUCAUAGGUCUGUUAGGAAAGGGCCAGUACUCCAGAUGUUAAACCGUUCUCAUGCAGAGGCCUUAAUAUUUUAUAUAUAAGUAGGUUUAUUUUUAAGAUUUUUCUAUUGGUUUUUGGAAAGUAACCCUUCAUUUAAUGGUACAUUCUUUCAUAUAGUUUUGUCCUAGGCCAGAAUUUUAAAAAGAAAGGCUGCACAGUUGAGAUGAGUCAGAAUCAGUGUGUUGAGCAGUUCUAGUGUGAAACAUUAUUUCAGAAGUAAUUAAUUUUAUAAAAAAUUAUUUAUCCUUUGUCUUCUUGGAUAUAAUUUUAAGGUUGUGAAUAAAGACAUUUGCUUUGUUUUUAGCAAGUUUUCCACCCCCCCCCCAAAAGAAACAAAACAGCUUUAAGCUUAUGUAUGAGAGCGUGCUGAAGAGGAGCCUAUUUUGUCAAUAAAGAUGAGUGUUUAAAACUG